UGCAGGCUAUGAAGACACAGCGUGCUUCUCUCUGGCUCCUGGGUACCACACUUGUCCUGUGCUCUGUGUACACCCAUGGCUUCAGGAGAUGCCUAAUUUCUGUGGACAUGAAUCAACUAGAAGAGAGUUUCCAAGAAAUCAAAAGAGCCAUCCAAACCAAGGACACCUUCCAAAACAUCACCAUCCUGUCCACAGUGGAGACCUUGCAGAGCAUUAAGCCUGUGGAUGUGUGCUGCGUGACCAAGAACCUCCUGGAGUUUUACAUGCGCAGAGUUUUCAAGGACCAUCAGGAGCUGAAGCCUCAAAUCUUAAGAAGAAUCAGCAGCAUUGCUAACUCAUUCCUCUACAUGCAGAAAACCCUGAAGCAGUGUCAGGAGCAGAGAGGGUGCCAGUGCAGUGAGGAAGCCACCAAUGCAACCAGAAUUGUGCAUGACAACUACGAUCAGCUGGGGAUCCCUUCUGCUGCCAUUAAGUCCCUGGGAGAACUCAAUAUCUUUAUAGCGUGGAUCGAAAAGAAUCAUCAGGCGACUUCUGUCUGACACCAGAAGCCCAUCCAGGUGUGAACACCUCAUGUUUCCUGCAGAGACAGCUGACUUUGAAGGCGACAGGGAUGGGGAGGUCACCUGUGUUUACUGAAACAGAGCUCUUUUCAAAGAAACCUCCUUUUCUAUGGAACUGGGGUACUGCAGGGAAAAUCCUGAGCAAGCCUGAGAAGACCUCAUCCCUCAGCUACAAGUGACCUGGCUGGUCUCUGGCUGUCUGAACAUCCCAAAAUAGCCAAAUGGUCUGCUGUUGUAUUUAUGAUGGAGGUCUUUGAAAGCCUGCAGAGCCAUCAUGGAAGGAGAAGGCUGGUUCUCUGUUAAUUUAUUGCAAAGUUUCUUGUCCCAUGGCUGUGUUGUGACCUGCACUAUCUCCCGUAGUACAGACCACACUGCCUGAUAUUUCUGAAUAAACUCCAC